GAUCCUUGCAUGUUUCAUCAUCGAUUGACUGGUUCCCUGCGCUCGGAUGCACGUUGGGACCCUGCUGAUAUCAUAGCCUCAUCAUGGCCCAGACUCAAUUUGCGCCUGGACAGUGACAUCAGAUGUCAGUCCAGCCCGACUCAUCAGCUAUAUAAACUGACUUGGCCUGGUGGUCUCUUGCCCAUCCAGAUUAAACCUAACCAAGCUCGACCGUAAUCAAAUCCACUCAAUUCAACUCCAAAACUUCACCAAGCUCAAAUACCACCAUACCACUCAAUAUGUCUUCUGACCCUCACCGCGGCGGACGUCUCGAGGACAUGGCUCCCGAGGGCACUCGCAUUCCCAACGAUGCAGGCAUUAUGAACACAAUCCCCUCCGUUCCUCGCCCUGAUCAGCGCUCCGAAGAUUCUCAGUUCGAUAACUACGGUAUCGCUCACCCGACCUCCGCCUUUGCCGCCGACAACGCCACCGAUAUGCCUCGCAGCACAAGAGACAUGGCUCCCUCAGGCGAAGUCGUCACUGGAACUGGUGAUAGUUUCCCGGCUGAAGGCGAGUCCAAGAGGACCCUGAUCGGCACCAAUCACCCUGGUGCCAAGGGCGAGUCCAGAAACCUGAAGCACUCCAAUCUUAACCGCAGUUCUUACGAGCGGUUCUCCGGGGAGGACGAAGAUGCUAUUGGCGAGCACCAGAUCAGGAACGAGUAAAUGAUAUGCAUAUCUGGGAUAUGCUCGACAUGAAUAUGAUGUAUUAUAGAUGAACGA